UACAAAUAUGGACGGAGAUAGUAGUUCGCAGUUGAAAUCAAAAUUUGAGGAGAAUGGCUACGCUAUCAUUAAGGGUUUUCUCACGGAAGAUGAAUGUGACGACCUACAUCGAGAAUGCCAUCAGAUCGUGGAGAAGAUGAACCCGGAAGAACACAGUACAGUAUUUUCUUGUGAUAGACAGACCAACAAUGACUAUUUCAUGAAUAGUGCUGAUAAAGUCAGAUUCUUCUUUGAAAAAGAAGCUUUGGAUGAAAAAGGAAACUUGAAGGUAGACAAACAGAUGUCUCUAAACAAAAUUGGACAUGCUUUGCAUGUGUUCAGUCCUGGAUUCCGGAGAAUUACACAUUGUGAAAGAGUACGGAACAUCUGCAGAUCAUUAGGGCUUCAAGACCCGGUGGUGUGCCAGAGCAUGGUUAUCUUCAAGCCUCCACACAUAGGGGGAGAAGUAAACCCUCACCAAGAUUCCAGCUACCUGUUCACUGAACCGAAGCGAUUGGUCGGCAUCUGGAUUGCUCUUGAAGAUACUACAAGAGAAAAUAGCUGCCUCUGGUUCAUUCCUGGAUCUCAUAAAGAUGGGUUGGCAGGAAACUACCGGAUGAUCAUCAACCCGAAAAAAGACCCAGAGGUAGGGACAGUGUUCACCGGAGAGAAACCAUCAUUCGACCAGAGCAAGUUUAUAUCGGGAGAAGUCAACAAAGGUGACCUAGUUUUGAUCCAUGGUGAAGUUGUUCACAGAAGUGACGCGAACCGGUCUGACAAGUCACGACUCAUCUACACAUUCCACAUAUAUGAUGAAGGAGUGGCCAAGUACAGCUCACAAAACUGGUUGCAGCCCACCGAGGCUAAUACGUUCACACAUGUCUACACAUUUCAAUGAGGGUUGAACUCAAUCCAGAAAUGGUUUUAUGGAAGUCAGAAGUACUGUAAAACAAGCCCACAUGACCAUCUAUAAACUGGUCACCUGUCACAACUUAAGCAAUUUGCAUUUCCCUCCUGACUGAUGUUCUCAGUUAGCCUCUAAUAAGUGGUUACAUGUUUAAUGCAAAGUUAUGUGCAUGACGAUUAUUUCAGACUGUCAGUCUGUAUGUUUCUAUACUCAUUUACUCACGAUUUGUGUGUAUAAUAUUGGAGCAUAUGUUAUUUAAGAUUUAUAUUAUGGCAGGGGACAAUAUUUCAAAACCUCAGGUAACCGAAAGGUAGUUCAUGUGAGUUUUACUUGGGUAAACGAUUGUUCGAUUACCUGAAUAUAGUUCUCAUAACCGAUGAGGUAGGCCUACCUAAUCCUAAAACACUUGAACUAUGAUUCUGUGCUACAUUGGUGCUUCAAAAACAAACUGAUUUUCACUUUCAUUACUGAUACAUGGUACUUUUAAUUUUAGAAUGUAAUUGUUGAACCCAUAACCCUAUAGGCGGUUCUCAUGAUUUUAAAGUUGCGUAACAGACACAUGAAUAUUGUGCCCUGUAUGGUACAACUUUCAUUUACUGUGUUCCUGAGUGGCUGCAAUACCCAUUGUAUGUAAGCACAAUAAAUGGAUUACGUUAGGAGAGAUCAACAUAAUAUGUACUGUGAGCAAAACACUGGCAUAGCCAGGGAGGAGCCUUGGAGGCCAAGUCCCCUCUUCCAAUCAGACAGGUCUCUUCUGGGGGUUUUCAGGUCAGAUCAGGUAUCAGGUUUUAACGUGCACAUUCAGAGCAAGCUGUUGUAGCAUACGCCUGUCAUGGGUGUAGGUGUUUACUUACGUCGGCUCCUCUGUCCAGGGUAGGAAAGUGUUUGGAGGUGUUUGGUGUUAGAGGGGACCGCCCACACUUGGCAAGUGCAAAAGAGCCCAAGCAGCCUGCACAGGGUCGGUAGUGGGCUAGGGGUGUUAGUGGUGCUAUUGAAUUUUGAAAAUGUGCUGUAGGAUUUAGUCCAAAAAUAAAAAAGCAAAGCACAAUUUCAUGAGGUAAUUUUGGCACAUAAUAUGGAACAGUUCUUCGAAAGUAAUUUUGCAACUAUUUGAAUGAUUUCACUUAGUUGGCCAGAUUAUUGCUCUUAUAAAUAGACAUCUUUGUUUCCUCCUCACCCAACCUUUUAUAUUUUCCUGUCACUCCAUAAUGCUACUCAAAGACAGGGUGGGUGCCCCAUGACCCAUGCCCUAACCCUAAUAUAAAAUUAUGGCUAUGCCAAUGAGCAAAAUAAAUUUGCUUGACAGUGAAGUCAGAUUUGUCAAAUUACAAAUGUUCAGUCACAUUUUACUAUUUGUUUCUAAAGUUUAAUUACACUAUACUUAGAGCACACAUCCAUUAAUUAAAAGGGAAAAAAAACAUUUUAAUAUACCGUAAAAAUGUCUAAUUGUAUUCAGUGAUCAACUGUCAUAAGUGAUUACUCCUAUGUGAGGCUGCUUAAUUUGGCAAAAGGUUCAUGCGAAAUUCGCCAAAAAGCUAAUUUAACAACUUGGCAUGUUUCUUUAGCUUUUAUUUCUAAAAGUAUGAUUUUUGCGUAAGCUUGGGUGGAUACAGGAAUUUGAAAAAAAUGUGUGCAAAAUGUCUAGUGAAUUAAACAUUGUAUGGGGUGUAUACAUAACCAAAGACACUUUGGCCAAAUGCAUCAACAGUCUUAGUAUCUGCCAGUUCAAACUAAUUUGAGAAGCAGCAUGCUUCAUGGGUUUAUAAUUUGUUAAUUUUGUUGGCUAAUACUGUAAUUUGUUUCUUUUUUUUCAUUAUAAAAUUGAAUAGUUAAAUGUACCAUGAAAAUGGGUCUAAAAUCUUCACAAGACUGAGAUUGAAACAAGUAAUUUUAAAUUAAAGAAAACUGAAUUAUUCAUGUUGCUCAGUAUAAUUAUAAGUCAUUCAAUAGCUAAAUUAUAAAUCAUUAUUUCCUAUUAUUUAUAUUAUUAUAAUAUUCUGAAGAGUCACACUUAGUAAAGAGAGGGAUGUCAUAGACGCAGUGACAUCAGGAAAAUAAAAAAGAGGUGAUUUUCUGGUUUAGAAUUGCCCCCUUUGUCUAGCUAAGUCCAAUAUUACUGUGUUCCAAUUCCUUUUACUGCCCCUCCCCUCACCCCAGUUUGACUUUGUGUGAUGUGGAUCAAUCUAAAACGUCAAAUUCUGAUAUAAUUCAGGUGUUUAGUUGUGUUAACACAGUUAUGUAAAUAUGUAAAAAUAUUUUACUUUCACAUACGACCAUGUAUUUUUUGUCAGAAGAGAAUGGCACUCUACCUAAUUAUUCACGUGCACGACGGGCAUUCUUUCUGUAAAAUUAGCAUAUUAUACUUCAUUAUUUACACGUUUUAUACAAUAUACUGUUCUUAAUAUACAUUCAGUGCAUUAAGGUAUAUUUUUGGUUUUAUUUAAUGAAUGAUUUUUUAUCCAGAUUUGUACAGUAGAUUUUAUUAAAUAUUGUGAUUUUAAAAAGUGAUUUAUGAUCAAUAAAUAUUAAUUCUGCUUAA